UUUUCGAAGGAUGGUACGCAGACUUGCGGGCAUCCUUAUUCUUGUCUCCGCCAUUACGGCGGAGAUUCUUUCGAAAAGACAAAAUACAGGAGGAUGUGAAACAAAAGCAGACAUAACUUUUAUAGUUGACUCAUCAGAUGAUGUGGGGAAAGACAAUUUUCAAAAACAGUUAGCUUUUUUAAAACAGACUGUAAACAAUAUGAAGAUAGCGCCGGACAAAACUCAAAUAAGUGUUGUGACGUUUAGUUCUGGUGUUUAUAACCAGUUCUUUUUAAAUGCUUAUGCAUCAAAGGCGGAUGUGCUAGCCGCCAUUGACAGAAUUCCUUAUAUUUCUGGUCGGACACAUACAUCCGAUGCAUUAACAUACGUCACACAUACCUCAUUUAACCCAAUACAUGGAGCAAGAAGCAAUGUUCCACAUAUCGGCGUUUUGAUAACUGAUGGCCCUUCAACCGCCAAGGAUUUGACCAAAAUUCAAGGUCAAGUUGCCAAGGACAACAAUAUCAUUAUGUAUGGAGUUGGAGUAGGGUCUGGAAUAGAUAUGGACGAACUGUCCUCAGUAAGCAGUAGUCCCAGCCACAGAUAUAUGUUGACUGCAGAAAACUAUGGGGCUCUGAAUUCACUUUCAAGUUCAUUAUCGACGAAAUUGUGUAAUGAGUUGCCAUCGAAUCCAAAUCAACUACCACCUCCAACAUCUUGCUUGAAAAAAGCUGAUCUUGCCUUUCUGGUUGAUUCAUCGUCAAGUGUUGGCUCAGGAAACUUUCAGAAACUAGAAAACUUUUUAAAAAAUGCCGUCACAAAGCUUGACAUCGGAAAAGAUAAAGUGCACGUUGGAUUAAUGCAAUACAGCAGUUAUCCUUCCAUGCAGUUUCCACUUAACAUGUAUACCAACAGAGGAGACACACUUAAAGCCAUUGAAGGAAUGCAAUUCAUGGGUGGUGAUACUAAUACAGGAGACGCCAUACAGAACAUGCGCCAACAAAUGUUCUCUCAAACUGGUGGCGCCAGAAACAACGUUCCUCGCAUCGCCAUUGUAGUGACCGAUGGUGGUUCUUCAAAUAAUGCCAAAACGACACAACAAGCCGAUAGCGCCAGACGUGACCAUAUUGGUCUUAUAUCUGUAGGUGUUGGGUCAGCGGUCAAUUCCUAUGAACUCCAGCUCAUUGCUGAUGAUCAGACAAAGGUAGUCAAGGUCAAUAGCUUUGACCAGUUAGAACAAGCAGUGGAUCAAAUUCUACAGAAAGCAUGUACUGUUCAGUCAACAGUAGCACCAACAACAGCAGGAGUUACCAAUGCACCUUCCGCUUGUCAAAAUAAACUUAAUAACUGUAAUUCAUAUGGACUGUUUGUUUGUACACAAUAUCAACCAUGGGCCAAGGAUAACUGCCAAGAAUACUGUGGUUUCUGUACUACACCGAAACCAACAUGCGUAGAUAAAUUAACAAACUGCUUAGCCUAUGGUAAAUCAUCUUGCACACAAUACUCAGAAUGGGCACAUCAAAAUUGUCAACAAUACUGUGGAUUUUGUGCUGCAGCCGCUGUUACGUCUGGAUUUUAUGGACAAUGUUCAUACAAAGGUAGAUCCUAUCAGACUGGUGAAAAGUGGCUUGAUGGCUGUGAUUAUGAAUGUGUUUGUCAGGAUGGAAACACUGGAAAAUAUGAGUGUACAAAUAGGUGUCCAUUGUACUAUAACUUGCCAAAGGACUGCACACUAGUGAAAAAGGAUGGUGAAUGUUGUCAGCAACCUGUAUGUAACUUUCAUCAAACUAUCUCUAAAACAGAGAGUACGGGAAAAGGGAGAACAACUAAUGGAAUAGAUGUAUGUGUUUACAAAGGGAAGCAGUAUUUCCAGAGACAGACCUGGCGAGAUGGAUGUGAUCAGAUAUGUAUGUGUACUAACUCAUCCAAGGGUUUAUAUCAGUGUGAAUCAGUAUGUCCCAAGUAUAACAGUAUUCCGUCGAACUGUCACAUGAACACAGCCCCAGGGGAGUGCUGUGCUAAACCUGCAUGUGAAUUCCAUCAGCAGCAUGGUAGUUUUACUGGACAAGGGUCAAUCAGUGGCACCGGUGUUGGGUUCAGACCAACGACACAGAAGCCAUGUUUAGAUGUUGUCAAUACAUGUUCACAGUAUGGUAAAGAUGUGUGUACAACAUAUAGUGGCUGGGCCGGGGACAACUGUAGAAAGUUCUGUAACUUAUGUGGUGGUCCACCAGUUGCAGGGAAAAACGAUACCUGCUUGUACCAAGGAAAGGACUAUCGUCAAGGUCAAACAUGGUCUGUCGGGUGCCACACUUAUUGUACAUGUGAGAAUGCUGUGUAUGGAUAUUACAGAUGUACAGACAUAUGUCCAAAAUACAACAACAUGCCAAAUGGAUGCCAAGAAGUGAGACGUAAUGGAGAGUGUUGUCCCAUCAUGGAAUGUGAUAGUGGAUCUUUUGUUACCUCUACAACCAAUCUAAAGUCCAUAGGAAACGGAGGAUUAAUACAUGUGUUACGACCAUCUGGAUCAAUGCAGUAUGUACUACCAACGGGUCUUACCGGAACAACUCCAGUCCCCGGUACAGGAGGAACAGGCUUUGUAGCACCAAGAUUACCUGGAUGUUUAUACAAAGGACAGUUAUAUGUACAGGAUCAAGCAUGGGAAGACGGCUGUGAUUUCUCCUGUUUAUGUACUAAUGCAGUGACUGCCACAUAUUCUUGUAGACUCAAGUGCCCUACUUAUGGAUCCAUCCCAGCUUCAUGUCACAUGGAAACUGAUCCUAACGAACCCUGCUGUAAGGCACCUGUUUGUGCCUAUGAUCCAUUCACAGGACAGACUUUUGUUCCUAUCCCACAGUUCCAGCCAGCAGUAACAGGAAAUGGACAAGUUAAACCUCCAUCCAUAGGAGAUUUGUUGAACCACUCAAUAGAUGCUGGAUCUGUUACCCUGUAUCCAACUGGUUUAACACCCUUACCACCGACUGCAGCUACUGGUAUAUCAGGGGGUAUUGGAUAUUGUCUGUAUAAGGGCAGAAGAUAUACACAAGCAGAAACUUGGGAUGAAGGCUGUGACUUCACUUGUGUGUGUGCUGAUUCUAGAACAGGUUACUACAAAUGUGUAGAAAAAUGUGUUCACUUUGGUAACUUGCCACAACCUUACUGCUUCUUGGUAAAGGAUCCCUCUAAUCCUUGCUGUAAAAUACCUAAAUGUGAAUUCCCUAUCAACUUUGUCACUCAGAUUGGAAUUAUAUCAACAGCUAAACCAGCUACAGAUUACUGUGAGUAUGGCGGUGUUAAGUAUACACAAGGACAGUCCUGGUACGAUGGCUGUAGUUAUAGAUGUACUUGUGAGAAUGCUCUUGGUGGAGUCUACAGGUGUAUGCAGAGAUGUCCAACCUACCAGAAUAUCAAUCCUAACUGUAAAUUUGUUCCUGAUCCAAACGAUCCAUCAUGUUGUCAGAUGCCACAAUGUGGACCUGUUGGGAAUGUGACCGUUUCUACAGGGACAGGGAAAGUACCUACCCCUGCACCUUCUGGUGUAUACCAAGGGGUAGAUCAUGGAACAGCAGGGAAGUGUACAUACAAAGGAAGACAGUAUACACAAGGACAGCAAUGGGCAGAUGGAUGUGAUUUUAACUGUGAAUGUAAAGAUGCCUCCAGAGGUUACUAUGAAUGUACAGACAUGUGUCCUCGUUACAACAAUGUUCCACCACAAUGUAAACUGGUAACUGACUUCACUAAUCCCUGUUGUAAAAAACCAGAUUGUGACUUUACAGCUACAACAGCAAGUAUCACAGGGAACCAGACCAAAUCGCCGAAUCCCAUACCAACACUGACACCCGAUAUGCAAUAUUGUUCGUACAGAGGAGCUAGGUACAUCCAAAGUCAGACUUGGGUAGAUGGUUGUACGUACAGAUGUAGAUGUGACGAUUCUUCUAGAGGAGUUUAUACAUGUAGUGAAAGGUGUCCAACGUACCCAGUGAGUUCAGCAGAUUGUAAGAUGGUAUCUGAUCCUAAAGAUCCCUGUUGUCUGGUACCCCAGUGUCCACCUCCUACUGGUGCCCCUAACCAAAUUCCUACCUUGGCUCCAGGCAAGAUCAGUGGAAACAUCAACAUCCCAACACCAAAGCCAGGUUCAUCUGUAUCCCCUCCAUUACUCACCUUCUGUUUGUACAAGAGUAAACAAUACAAACAAGGAGAAAAAUGGAUGGACGGCUGUGAUUAUUCUUGUGAAUGUACCGAUGCUUCUACUGGCAAAUAUGUCUGUAAUGAAAGAUGUACAAGGUACACCAAUAUUCCAGCUAAUUGUUUCUUGGUGAAGGAUGCCUCAAAUCCAUGUUGUAAGAAACCCCAGUGUACCAACAACACACCAACACCAGGGCCAUAUGGUCCAACUUUAUCUCCUCCACUUAAUCCUAAUACACCAACUCCAGCGCCAAGCUUAAAAGAUAAGUGUGUAUACAGAGGUGUAGCCUACUCUCAGGGCCAGCAAUGGUUUGAUGACUGUAAUCUGAAGUGUGUAUGUGAAGAUGGACCUGCAGGACUCUACAGAUGUAGUGAAAGAUGUGCCAAGUAUACUGGACUACCAGCUACAUGUACAUUAAUACCAGAUCCACAAGACCCCAUCUGUUGUCAAGCACCUAAAUGUACAUACACUAAUGGUACAGGCUUUGCCACAGCACCACCAGGUGUUAUUUCUGGAGGAAUUGUUACACCAACACCACAACCGUAUCAACAGCCAACACCAUACCCAGGAUACACUGGACCAACCUCAGCCCCAACACUGGCUCCAACAUAUAAAGAUGUAUGUGUGUACAAAGGAAAGCAGUAUAAUCAGGACCAGAAAUGGCAGGAUGGCUGUGACUUUGAUUGUGUUUGUCAAGAUUCAAAGAAAGGAUUGUACAAGUGUACAGAGAAGUGUCCAAAGUUUGUCGACAUUCCUAAAGAAUGUAAGCUGACCAGAGAUUAUCAGAAUCCUUGUUGUAUGAAGGUUACAUGUCAGCCAUCAUUGAACCCAUCACCAGGACCUAAUGCCUCACCAACCCCUGCUGGUCAAUGUAUGUAUAAUGGUGUAGCAUUUAACGAAGGAAAGACAUGGGAUGAUGGAUGUGAUCUGAGAUGUUCCUGUGAGAAUGGUACCACAGGGUAUUACAGAUGUAGUGAUAGAUGUGCUAAGUAUCCAAAUAUUCCAAGCUACUGCACAAUGGAGACAGAUCCAAAGGAUCAGUGUUGUAUGAAACCAAGAUGUCAACCAGCACCUGCAACAACAAUUAUACCUACAAUAUCGCCUUAUCUUACACCUGGCCCAGGUGUGACUUACCCACCAAAUAAGGUACCAACUCAGUAUGCAGGACAAACAUUUGCACCUGGAAAAGCACCAACACUUGCACCAUACAAACCAUACCCACCUGGACUUCAACCAACUUUGUCACCUUUCUUGACACCAGGACCUGGUUAUACCUACCCACCAGGGAAAGUACCAACACAAUAUCCAGGACAAACAUACCCACCAGGAAAAGCGCCAACAUUGGCACCAUAUAAACCAUUCCCACCAGAUCUUCAACCAACAGCAUCACCAUUCCUUACACCAGGACCAGGCUACACUUAUCCUCCAGGAAAGGUCCCAACACAGUAUCCUGGACAAACAUUCAGACCAGGAAUGGAACCUACACUCCAACCUAACAAACCUUUCCCUCCAGAUCUGUUACCAACAAUGUCACCAUAUUUGACACCAGGAGUAGGUUACACAUAUCCACCUGGAAGAGUCCCAACUCAGUAUCCAGGACAGACUUUCCAACCAGGAAAAGAGCCAACAUUAUCUCCAUACAAACCAUUUCCACCCAAUUUGAGACCAACAAUGUCACCUUAUAGAACACCAGGUCCAGGAUAUACAUACCCACCUGGCAAAGUACCACCAACUAGUUUCCCUGGAGAGAUACCAACACUGCCACCAUACAAACCUUUCCCAACAGAUCUUCUGCCAACUUUAGCUCCUUAUAUAACACCAGGACCAGGCUACACUUAUCCACCAGGAAAAGUUCCACCAACCAGUUAUCCAGGAGAGAUACCAACAUUACCUCCAUAUAAACCAUUCCCUAAAGGACUAGAACCAACAAUGUCACCAUACCUAACACCUGGACCAGGCUAUACAUAUCCACCAGGCAGAGUUCCCACACAGUAUCCAGGACAGACAUACCAACCUGGGAAGGAACCAACUCUGGCUCCAAACAAGCCUUUCCCUCCAGGACUGAUGCCCACAAUGGGACCUUACAGAACACCAGGACCUGGCUACACUUAUCCCCCAGGAAAAGUACCAACACAAUAUCCUGGACAGACCUUCCAACCAGGAAAGGAACCAACAUUGCCACCAUAUCAAACAUUCCGACCAGAUCUACUGCCAACACAGUCACCAUACUUAACACCUGGACCAGGUUACACCUACCCACCAGGGCUAGUACCAACAGAAUAUCCAGGGCAGACAUUUGCCCCAGGAAAGGAACCAACUCUAGCACCAAACAAACCAUUCCCACCAGGACUAGGACCAACUAUGUCACCAUACCUCACACCAGGACCAGGCUACACAUACCCACCAGGGAGAGUACCAACACAGUUCCCAGGACAGACCUUCCAACCAGGCAAAGAACCAACUCUGUCACCAUAUAAACCUUUCCCACCAAAUCUUCUACCAACAAUGGGACCAUACUUGACACCAGGACCAGGCUACACAUAUCCACCUGGAAAGGUUCCACCAACCAGUUUCCCUGGAGAGAUACCAACUUUACCACCAUUUAAACCAUUCCCACCAGACCUCAUGCCAACACAGCCACCUUACAUUACCCCAGGACCAGGGUAUACCUACCCACCAGGAAAAGUGCCAACUCAGUAUCCAGGUCAAACAUAUAAACCAGGACAGGCACCGACAUUAGCACCUAAUAAACCUUUCCCACCAGGUUUGUUGCCAACACAGGCACCCUAUUUGACACCAGGCUAUGGCUACACAUAUCCUCAGGGUUAUAAGAUACCUACACAGUUUCCAGGUCAGACUUUCCCUCCAGGACAGAUACCUACGUUGGAACCAAAUAAACCAUUUCCACCAGGACUUGGACCAACACUAUCACCUUAUUUAACACCAGGACCAGGAUAUACUUAUCCCCCUGGACAGGUACCUCCAACCAGGUAUCCUGGAGAAAUACCAACACUAGCACCAUAUAAGCCAUUCCCACCAGGACUGGGUCCAACCAUUUCUCCAUAUCUGACACCAGGACCAGGGUAUACAUAUCCACAAGGAAAAGUACCAACACAGUAUCCUGGACAGACCUUCAAACCAGGAAAGGAACCAACAUUGCCACCAUAUAAACCAUUCCCUACAGGAUUAUUGCCAACAUUGUCACCAUUAUUAACCCCUGGACCAGAUUACACAUAUCCACCAGGGAAAGUGCCAACACAGUAUCCUGGACAGACCUUCCAACCAGGAAAGGAACCAACAUUAGCACCAUAUCAGACAUUCCCUCCUGGUCUCAGGCCAACAAUGUCUCCAUAUCUAACACCAGGACCAGGAGUUACCUAUCCACCAGGCAAAGUACCAACUCAAUACCCAGGACAGACAUACCAACCUGGCAAGGAACCAACAUUGGCACCUAAUCUUCCAUACCCUAGCUAUUUGUUACCAACAUUAAGUCCAUAUAGAACUCCAGGACCAGGUUACACCUACCCACCCGGAAAAGUACCACCAACCAAUUUUCCAGGAGAGAUUCCAACAUUGCCACCAUACAAACCUUUCCCAACAGAUUUGUUGCCAACAGCUUCACCGUACUUGACACCAGGACCAGGCUACACAUACCCACCAGGGAAAGUUCCACCAACCAGUUUCCCUGGAGAGAUACCAACUUUGUCGCCAUUCAAACCAUUUCCACCAGGAAUGUUACCAACAGUAGCACCAUACCUGACACCAGGCCCAGGCUACACUUAUCCUCCAGGAAAAGUCCCAACUCAGUAUCCAGGCCAAACAUUCCAACCUGGGAAAGAACCAACAUUGUCCCCCAACAAGCCUUUUCCUCCAGGUCUUCUCCCAACAAUUAGACCAUAUUUCACUCCAGGACCAGGCUAUACAUACCCACCAGGGAAGGUUCCCACUCAGUAUCCAGGACAAACUUUUGCCCCAGGAAAGGAACCAACUCUAGCACCAUACCAGACUUUCCCACCAGGACUUGGACCAACCUUAUCACCAUACCGCACACCGGGACCAGGCUACACAUAUCCACCAGGAAAAGUUCCACCAACACAGUAUCCAGGACAAAUUCCAACAUUGCCACCGUAUCAGCCGUUCCCACUAGAUUUGUUGCCAACAGCUUCACCAUAUUUGACACCAGGACCAGGCUACACAUACCCACCUGGAAAAGUCCCAACACAAUAUCCUGGACAAACAUUCAAACCAGGAAUGGAACCAACAUUGGCACCAUAUCAAACUUUCCCUCCAGAUUUACUACCAACAGUAGCUCCAUACUUUACACCAGGACCUGGCUACACCUACCCACCAGGAAAAGUACCAACUCAAUAUCCAGGCCAGACAUUUGCACCUGGGAAAGCACCAACCCUGCCACCUUGGAGUCCAUUCCCCCAAGGAUUAGGACCAACUCUGUCACCUUAUCUGACACCAGGACCAGGGUACACAUACCCACCAGGAAAGGUUCCACCAACCAAGUUCCCAGGAGAGAUUCCAACAUUGCCACCAUACCAACCAUUCCCACUAGAUCUGUUACCAACAAAAGCGCCAUAUAUAACACCAGGACCAGGCUACACUUAUCCUCCAGGAAAAGUCCCAACACAGUAUGCUGGACAAACUUUCAAACCAGGAAUGGAACCAACACUAGCACCAUAUCAGACUUUCCCACCAGAUCUAUUACCAACAAUCAGACCUUAUUUCACACCAGGACCUGGCUACACUUACCCACCAGGCAAAGUACCACCAACAAAUUUCCCUGGAGAAAUUCCAACAUUAGCUCCAUACAAACCAUUCCCACCAGGACUUGGACCAACAUUAUCUCCAUACCUGACUCCAGGUCCAGGUUAUACAUACCCACCAGGAAAGGUCCCACCAACUCAGUAUCCAGGACAGAUUCCAACAUUGCCACCAUACCAACCAUUUCCACAAGGAUUAAUUCCAACCACUUCACCAUACCUCACACCUGGACCAGGAGUAACGUAUCCUCCAGGGAAAGUACCUACACAGUAUCCAGGUCAGACAUAUCCACCAGGUCUGGCUCCGACACUGGCACCUAACAAACCAUAUCCUCCAGGUCUGUUACCAACACUAUUUCCAUACAUUACACCAGGACUAGGAUACACAUAUCCUCCUGGCAGAGUACCAACACAAUACCCAGGACAGACAUACCAACCUGGGAAGGAACCAACUCUGGCACCAUAUCAAACUUUCCCACCAGGCCUCCAACCAACAUUGUCACCUUAUUUAACACCAGGACCAGGUUACACAUACCCACCAGGAAAAGUUCCACCAACCAGAUUCCCAGGCGAGAUUCCAACAUUGCCCCCAUAUCAACCGUUCCCACCAGAUUUGAUACCAACUGUUUCGCCUUAUAGAACACCAGGACCAGGCUACACUUACCCACCAGGCAAAGUACCACCAACGAGUUAUCCAGGAGAGAUACCAACAUUACCUCCAUACAAACCUUUCCCAUUAGAUCUCUAUCCAACAGCAUCACCAUAUCUGACACCAGGACCAGGCUAUACAUACCCGCCCGGAAAGGUCCCAGCGACACAAUAUCCAGGACAGAUUCCAACACUGCCGCCGUUCAAACCAUUCCCACCAGGGCUGAUACCAACUGCCUCACCUUAUAGAACACCAGGACCAGGUUACACAUAUCCACCAGGCAAAGUACCACCAACUAGUUUCCCUGGAGAGAUACCAACACUGUCUCCUAACAAACCAUUCCCACCAGAUUUAUUUCCAACCCUUGGUCCCUAUGCAACACCAGGACCAGGUUACACUUACCCACCAGGAAAAGUACCACCAACAACUUUCCCAGGAGAGAUUCCAACUUUGUCUCCAUAUCAAACAUUCCCACCAGGUCUCAGGCCUACAUUAUCACCCUACAUAACACCAGGACCAGGCUACACAUAUCCUCCAGGAAAGGUCCCAACUCAGUUUGCAGGACAGACCUACCAACCUGGAAAGGAGCCAACAUUGUCACCAUACAAACCUUUCCCAACAGGUUUGUUGCCAACUUUAUCACCAUAUCUGACACCAGGACCAGGUUACACAUAUCCACCAGGGAAAGUACCAACACAAUAUCCAGGUCAGACAUAUCCACCAGGUCUGGCUCCAACAUUGUCACCAUAUAAACCAUUCCCACCUGAUCUACUGCCAACAUUAGGUCCAUAUUUGACUCCAGGACCAGGUUACACAUAUCCACCAGGGAAAGUACCAACUCAGUAUCCAGGCCAAACGUAUGCACCUGGGAAGGCACCAACAUUGCCUCCUUACCUUCCCUUCCCACAAGGAUUGAUACCAACACCUGGACCAACCAAUGCUCCAACCAAGAAGCCUUAUUUAAUACCUACAGCCAUACCUGGUAUCAUCACAGGCCAAGGUGUUGGAGUAAAUGGAAAGUCGUGUAUGUACAAAGGUGUAUCAUAUAAGAAGGGAGAUAAAUGGGAGGAUGGAUGUCAGUACAAAUGUGAAUGUAUGGAUGAUAUGACAGGCAGCUAUCAAUGUAAAGAAAGGUGUCCAACCUACACAGAUGUCCCAGCCAGCUGUCGACUCACCAUUGAUCCUAAAGAUUCAUGUUGUAUGGUUCCUUCCUGUGCACAGCCCACACCAACACCUGCACCAUAUCUAGGUCCUAGUACACAAAUACCUCCUGUUACAGCCAAGCCUGACAUUAAUGCUUGUUUAUACAAGGGUAAUGUAUACACCCAGGGACAGAAAUGGUAUGAUGACUGUGACAAAGUAUGUGUAUGUCAAGAUGCUAAGAUGGGAUUCUAUAGCUGUCAAGACAGAUGUGCUAAGUACUCUAACUUAGGCCCUAACUGUGUUAUGGUACCUGAUAGUAGAGACCCACAAUGUUGUCAAGCUCCUGACUGCAACAACAAAAAUACAACAAAUAUCCAAGGUGUACAGGGAACCAUUACUGGUACUGGUACUCUUCCUCCACCCACUGUUGUACCGGGUAAACCUACAAUAGCUCCAAAGGCUGUAUGUGUAUACAAGGGUAAACAGUACACUCAGGGACAGAAGUGGCAGGAUGGUUGUUCGUUUGAUUGUGAAUGUGUUGAUGGUAAAAUGGGACAGUUCCAGUGUACAGACAAAUGCAAGAGAUAUCCAAAUCUACCACCCACCUGUCAGAUGGUAUACGAUUCACAAAAUCCUUGUUGUGAGAAACCAGUUUGUGGACUGGUACCAACAGCUGCUCCAUACCUAGGUCCAUCUACUGUGUCUCCACCAUCACAGGGACCAACAACAGCACCUACUGUAGAUUUCUGUAUUUACAAUGGUAUAUUAUACAGACAAGGACAGACAUGGCAGUCAGGUUGUGAUAUGACAUGUAGAUGUGAUGAUGCUAAAUCUGGACUCAUUAAUUGUAAUGAAAGAUGUCCAAUCUACCCAGCACUGCCUUCAAGCUGUACAUAUGUAACAGAUCCAAAAGACCCAUGUUGUGAGGUUCCAUCAUGUAUCAGUCCUAACGCCACUAUUCCUACACAGGUAGUCAAUGGUACUAAGGGAACUGUAUUUAUACAGCCACAACUCAAUCCUCCUGUUAUUGGCAAGAGAGAUGUGUGUGUAUACAAAGGUGGUAUAUACAAACAAGGACAGACUUGGAAUGAUGGUUGUACUUACUCAUGUGAGUGUGUGGAUGCCAGCUCAGGACGAUUCUCAUGUACAGACAAAUGUCCAAGAUACCCACCACUGCCAGCAUACUGCUCAAUGACACAAGAUCCAAAUAAUAAAUGUUGUCAGAUGUCAUACUGUACACCUACACAGUAUGGCACCACCCAAGUACCAACCCCUGGACCUUCUGGACUGGUACCAACAGCUGGACCAAAACCUAAAGAUUUAUGUUUAUACAAUGGACAAUUAUACAAACAAAGUCAGCAAUGGUAUGAUGGAUGUAACUCGGUCUGUGUCUGUGAAGAUGCUUCAACAGGAUAUUAUAGAUGUCAACCAAGAUGUUCUAAGUAUUCUAAUGUACCAGCUGGUUGCUCUUUAAAACCAGAUCCUAAAGACCCAUCAUGCUGUGAAGUACCAUACUGUCCUAUUGUUGUACCAAGUAUCCCUCCUACACCAGGAGUUAUCACACCACAAAUGCCUCAGCCUGGUAUUAUAACUGGAACUGGAAAAGUACCUAACUUAAUAGGUUGUCAGUACAAAGGUCAGCUGUACCAACCAAGUCAAAGAUUUAACGACCAGUGUGAUUAUAAAUGUACCUGUAUGGAUGGUAACUCUGGAUUCUAUAGAUGUAUCGACAGAUGCACCAAAUACACAAAUAUACCAAAAGAGUGUGUUUUAGUUUCUGAUCCUAAUGACAAGUGCUGUCAAGUACCAUACUGUGACUUCAAAAAUCCUACACCUUUCCCUAAUGGUAUACCUACACCAGGACCAAACAUGGGACCAACUCCAGUACCACAAUCAACAAACUCACCACCAGGCACAAUACCACCUCAGACAGGAUUCUGUGCUUACAAAGGUGUAUACUAUACACAGGGACAGACUUGGAAAGACGGAUGUAAUCUUCAGUGUAGAUGUGAAGAUGUAUCUAAAGGAAUAUACUCCUGUACACAAAGAUGUAACAGUUACACUAACCUUCCAUCUUCCUGUACACUGAAGGCGGAUCCUAAGGAUGGUUGUUGUCUGAUACCAGACUGUAACAAGUACCCCACACCAGCACCAAUGGUGUCCCCAUCUCCUGGUCAGACCACCACUCGUAUGCCUCUUGUUGUUCCUACUCCAGUGAAAGGAUCACACACUGGAACUGCCUUACAACCAGGUCAACCUGGUACAAUUACUGGUGGUCAGAUUAAUUACUGUGUAUACAAACAGAGAGUAUAUCAACAAGGACAGAAAUGGAAUGAUGGUUGUAACUUUAUCUGUACCUGUGAGGAUGCAAGCAGAGGUUUAUAUAAAUGUGAUGACAGAUGCCCUAAAUAUUUCUAUCUUCCACCUCAAUGCCACUACGAGCAAGAUCCUAAAGACAACUGCUGUCAAGUUGCCAAAUGUGACUUCAAUCCAACGCUGACACCACCACCAACCACAACCACCUUACCAAUCAAAACAACUCCUGGUAUUGUUACUCAGAGACCAAACAAUGUAUGUGUCUACAUUGAUGGCUCACAACACUCUAAGGGCUCAAAAUGGUAUGAUGCUUGUGAUUAUACAUGUGAAUGUAAAGACACUGUUACCAACUUCUAUAACUGUACAGCAAGAUGUAAAGCUUACUCCAACUUGCCAUCAAUCUGUACAUUAAAACCAGACCCAACAGAUUCCUGUUGUGAGGUACCAGACUGUGGCACCUAUACUCCAAUCACUGGAAAUACAAUCACAGGAACACUUCCACCAAACAAGUUUAAUCUGGUUCCUAUAGGAACUCAUUCUGUAUUCUCUGGAUCCAGUCAGAAUCCUAAUGCUAUACAGGGUACCAGAGAUGCCUGCAUAUAUAAGAACAAAGUUUACAAGCAGGGAGCCUCUUGGGAUGACGGGUGUGAUUAUGUGUGUACCUGUUUGAAUGGACCAAAGGGACUGUACAGAUGUAUAUCCAAGUGUCCAUCCUACCCAGCAUUACCGUCAUACUGUAAAAAGAACAUGGUACCAGGACAAUGUUGUCCAGUUAUUAGUUGUGAUGUGCCUGGAUUUGGUACCAUCAACCCAGAUCCUCAGCUUGUGCCAACUCCAGCACCAACUAAGAUAGGUGUGAUACCAACACCAGCUCCAACAAGUCUUGUACCUGUUAUUCAAAUCAAUCCUAACCCCACUCAAAACACAACUGGAGGAAUCCCAGGAGGAGGAUACCCCAUCAAACCAAAUCAAAUCACUGGCAUCAGUAAUCAGUGUGUAUACAAGAACAAAGUAUACAACAAGGGAGAAUCCUGGGAUAUUGACUGUGAUUUCACUUGUACCUGUGUAGAUGGAUCCACUGGAUACUAUGAAUGUAAACCACAGUGUCCAACAUACAAUAACUUACCCCCACAGUGUUUCACAACAACAGUUCAAGGCAAAUGUUGUAAAACAAUUCAAUGUACCACCAAAGAUGGAUCAAUAGUGAAGCCUAAUGCUCAAUUUCCAGUUGUUGGUUCAUAUACUGGUGGAUUCUCAGGAUUCAGACCUGGUGUAUCAUAUAACCCAGGAAUUAACAGCACUAGUGGUGUUAGAUUGGGUUGUAUCUACAAAGGACAAUUAUACAAAGCUGGUGAUGAAUGGGACGAUGGUUGUGAUUUCCAUUGUAAAUGCGUGGAUAGUAAAACAGGAAGAUAUCAAUGUUCUGCACAAUGUCCAGAGUUCACCAGACUUCCUGCUCUCUGUGAACUUAUACCUGUACCUGGUCAGUGUUGUAAGAGACUGCAAUGUAGAACUCCAACAACAGUAGCCCCCGGUGUUGUAACUCCUACUCCCUUCAUACCAACACCAGAUCCCCACCCUGGAUGUACUGAUGUCAUAGAUAACUGUGCUGAUUAUGGCCAGUCUGUAUGUCAGCCACCAUAUGAUGCCUGGGGAAGGAGAAAUUGUCAACAUUAUUGUGGAAUGUGUGCUCAGCCUGGUAUGACCACACCUACAACUUCAUGCAAAGAUAAACUUCCAGACUGUGAUUUAUAUGGUCCAAAGGUUUGUUUCAACGAGUAUGUACCAUGGGCUAAAGAAAACUGUCAACAUCAUUGUAGUAUGUGUGCUGAUCAAAUGACAACUGCUACACCCACUUGUGUUGACAAGAACCCCUCUGCCUGUGCAGAAAUUGGACCAGAUGUGUGUACUUUGCUUAUUGACUUUGCCAAAGAAAAUUGUGCUCACCAGUGUCACUUAUGUCCUACACCUUCAGUACCAUCAGUACAAAUACCAACAACCUCACCAAAUGGUUAUGUACUAUUGAUGAAGGGAGUGACUGGAGUAGGAACAUAUCCUCCAGGUGUUACUGACCUAUUUGGAUUAUGGAAUUCAACUAAGACCAUAAAUCAAUUCCAACCCGGAGCCAACUCACUUACACCAAAUUUCCCAGGACACUACAAACCAGGAUUGUCAAACAACUGGCCAAGUCUUUGUUUAGAUAAGGUCAGGGUAUCUAUAUACAAAAAUGGUGUCGAGAAAGCUUUCAUGUUGUUCAAUGCUACAGGAGCAGAUAAGAUGAGUUGGUUUACACCUAGCAGAAUCAUAGAUUCGUCAUGGGUGGAUUUACAAUCUACAACUAAGCAAUAUUUUGCAAUGUCUCAAGAUCCAGAUUUCCUCAGAGAAUUCUAUGCCAGUCAGAAUGCUGAUAAAUCAAAAUGUGAUUCUACUGGUUGGAUGUUUAUAUCUACAGCAAACAGAUGUUUUAUGGAAACAGACAAGAAACCAGCUUUCUAUUAUGCUCCAGGACAGUCCUCUGCUCAUUGGGGUUAUACCAAAGCGGGUGUUGGAGAUGUCUUUACUAUCCAGGGACAUAGUAAAUGUCCAAACAAUGUGGUACUACCAACAGUUAAUACAACAGGUGGUGGGUGUCUGUAUAAAGGAAAACUUUAUCACCAAGGAGACAACUGGGAAGAUGGUUGUGACUACAACUGUACCUGUGAUGAUGAACAAAGUGGACAUUAUUCAUGUAAUGCUCUUUGUCCUGUAUAUGACCAUCUUCCUAAGUUAUGUGAAGUGGUGAUACCAAAUGGUCAAUGUUGUGGUCAUGUCGAAUGUAGACCAGAUAUAGGACUAAUUAUCACAGCCCCUCCAAAUACCUGUUUUUACAAAGGACAAUAUUAUGGACAGGAUGACACAUGGAUUGAUGAUUGUAAAUACAAAUGUGAAUGUCUUCAAGCAAAUCUUGGAUUCUAUAGAUGUAAAGAAUUGUGCUAUAAAUGGCAAUUGCCUGGACAAUGUACACUGAAAGAACCUGCUCCAGGGAAGUGUUGUAAAACACCUAGUUGUCCUCCAUGGGAGAUCACUAUACAAUAUCCUUCAGGAUAUAAGGAAGAAUGAUUGCAGAAAAAACAUAUAUAGCUGUUGUUAUUGUUUUGAUUAAAAUGGGUGCUGAAGUGGCCUCCUUUUUUUAAAUAGAUAAAGAGUUGAGGCAUAUAUACAUAUAGAAAAAAGGAAAUAAAACCUUUUACUUUAGGAAUGGUUAUUCCUGCAUGCUUUUUUGAGUGAAUUUAGAGAAAUUACAAUAAAAGUGAAUGUACUUUUA